AUGGCUCCCGCAAAGGCAGAGAAGAAGCCCGCAGAGAAGAAGCCAGCCGAGAAAGCGCCCGCCGAGAAAAAGCCAAAGGCCGAGAAGAAGAUCUCGAAGGAAGGAGGGAGCGACAAGAAGAAGAAGCGCGUGAAGAAGAGCGUUGAGACCUACAAGAUUUACAUCUUUAAGGAAGCUUCCAGAUUGGCUCGGUACAACAAGAAACCUACCAUUACUUCACGGGAGAUUCAAACGGCGGUGCGUUUGGUUCUUCCUGGUGAAUUGGCUAAGCACGCUGUUUCUGAAGGAACUAAGGCCGUUACCAAAUUUACCAGUUCUUAG